AUGUCAACCCAAGUACAACAUAUACCAAUGAUGAAUCACGUUAUUGAAAGUUAUUUUGAUGAAGAUGAUAUGGCAUUUUCACCAACAGAGUCAUUCAUGAAUGCAUUACCUCGUAGAAUUAGCAUCUUACCCCAAGAAAGUAAGAUAAAACCAUUUUCAAAAGGUGAUAUAAAGAUUUUACUACUCGAAAAUAUUAAUGACCAAGCCAUAGUGUCCUUUAGAGAUCAAGGGUAUCAAGUCGAAUCGUAUCGAGAUACUUUACCGGAUCAAGUAUUGACUGAAAAAAUACGAGAUGUUCAUGCUAUAGGUAUUAGAUCGAAAACAGUCUUAUCAAAGGAGGUACUAAAACAAGCUAAAAAUUUAAUGGUAAUAGGGUGUUAUUGUAUUGGUACUAACCAGGUAGAUUUAGAAUAUGCGGCUAAUAUGGGGAUUGCAGUCUUUAAUUCACCAUUUUCAAAUUCGAGAUCUGUGGCAGAAUUAGUUCUCGCAGAUAUAAUAUCGUUAGCAAGGAGAAUCACGGAUAGAUCAUUACAAUUACACAGAGGUGAAUGGAAUAACUCUAGUAAGCAUUGCUACGAAGUAAGAAGUAAAACGGUAGGUAUAAUAGGAUAUGGUCAUAUUGGCUCACAACUAUCAAUACUAGCCGAGGCCAUGGGAAUGCAUGUUAUUUACUACGAUAUCCUAAAUAUAAUGGCCAUUGGAAAAGCAAAACAAGUGUCCACGAUGGAAGAAUUAUUGAGUAAAGCAGAUUUUGUGACACUACAUGUACCUGAAACACCUGAUACGAAAAAUUUAAUUUCAUGGCCUCAGAUUACAGCAAUGAAAAAUGGAUCAUAUUUAAUUAAUUCAUCAAGAGGGUCUGUUGUAAAUACUUCUGCCCUCAUUUCGGGUCUAAAAAGUGGUAAAUUGUUAGGUGUAGCACUGGAUGUAUACCCAAAUGAACCAAGAUAUAAUGGUGAACAAUUAUUCACCAAUCGAUUGAAUAAAUGGACGUCAGAAUUAAUAUCUCUCCCAAACGUUAUUCUAACCCCGCAUAUUGGUGGAGCUACUAUAGAAUCACAGAGUGUAACAGGUCUCGAAGUAUCAGAGGCCAUAGCUAAUUUUAUAACACAAGGUAUUUCAAUUGAUGCUGUUAAUUUCCCCGAAGUUUCAUUAAGACAGACAAAUUUCGCAGAUGAUGCUUUAAGAAUAUUAUUCGCCCAUCAAGAUAUACCUGGUGUACUAAGGAUAGUAAAUAAUAUUCUUGCUACACAUAACAUAGAGAAACAGUACUCUGAAUCCAAUGGUAAAAUUGCUUAUGUUAUCACAGAUAUCUCACCCGUUACACAAAAUGACGUCCAUUCUAUAUAUAAUCAACUGGACAAAAUUCCGGAAAAAGUAACGGUUCGGCUUAUAUAUUAA